AGCAUCCCAGCCGGGGACGUCUGUCUUGUGCAAUGUUUGCACGUCGGGACUGGUGCUUCUAGCUUCACCUGUACAGGGCGUUUACUUCACCUCAGAGCAGCGCAGUCACGGUAGAGAUAUGAGGAACAAUACGCACACUCCUGUUUAAAGUAUUUCUAAACCUGGCCACAGACACACUUGGUAUGAUGUCCCUUCAUGCGUUCAGCUCUAAUUGGAAGCAGCGCACUCAGGAUUAUGUCCACUGUGGUGUUCAGUAGAGAAUGAACAUGGAUCUGCAUGUAAAGUGACUUUUAGCAGCCAAACACGAUGGAUCACCGACGGAAGAAGAAGCUCACAUUCUUCACCAUCGGGCUCAUAUUUCUUCUGAGCGGUGUGGAGUAUGCUGUAAUAUUGCCCACAAUAUGGAGGUAUUUGCAGACUUUGGAUGCACCGCCUUACUUUCUGGGUUAUGCCCUGUCGGCGUUCAGCCUGAGCGGCCUCCUGUCAGGACCGCUGUUCGGCCUUUGGUCCGACAGAAUGCGGACCACCAAGAAGAUCAUCUUGUUUGCCAACUGUUUUGAGAUAAUUGGUAACUUCAUGUACUUUAUGGGCUACUCCAAGUGGCUGUUACUGUCAAGCAGACUGGUGGCAGGCAUUGGCACAGGUGCUGGCUCAUCUAUCUUCGGCUUCCUGACCAGGAGCACUGCCCCGGAGGACCGUGCCACUGUAUUCGCUGUUGUUAUGGCAUGUCGACAAGCUGGCCUUCUGAUUGGUCCAGCAUUUAACAUCUUCCUGAGGCUGUGUGAUUUCCAAUUGGGUCCUUUUGUGGUCAAUAAAUAUACCGCACCAGGGUUGUUCAUGUGCCUGCUGUGGACUCUCAUUCAAGUGGCGGUGGUCUUCAUGUACUGGGACCUACCGCCUCUAGAGAAGGAGAAGGCCAAGGAGAGUUUGCGAAGCGAGAGCAGAGAGGUGGAGGACGAGCCAAGGCUCGUGGAAGACGAUGAUGAUGAGGAGAAGCCGCUGAUGGGGCCCGAGGAGCUGGGGGGGUCCUACGGCUCGGUUGUGACAUCCAACCCGCCCGGAUGUGACGUCGCUGCUGCCUCAAAUAACACGCUGAAUCACAUCUCUCCACCUCUCUCUCCCGUGCCACCAGAGUCCCAUGAGUCCCCCGCCCCCUUUAAGAAUUUCAGCCUAUCCCGAGAGUUCCUGAGAGAAGAAGUGGUCGUGCUGCUGGCUUCUCAGUUCAUCACCCUCUUCAAUCAGACAGUGCUGGAGACUAUGGUGACCCCGUUGACCCAGAAGUACUUCAACUACGGGGAGCUGGAGAACAGCGUGAUGUACUGUCUCUGCGGUGUGGAGGUGAUCGCUGGCUUUCUGUUUGUGCGCUGGCUGAGCCAGCGUUUCGCUGAGCGGGUGAUCCUGGCCGUCGGUCUGGCCAUCUGCAUCAUCGCUGGUGUCUGGAGCCUCAGCUUCAUGGUUAACCCGCUAGGUCCUUACCCGUGGCCGCUGACUGAGUUCAUCAUCGGGGUGUUUCUGCAGGUUCUGGGUUUGCCAUUUGUAGCCGUGGCUCAGGUUUCCCUCUUCUCCAAAGUUACCUCAGAGAAAACACAAGGUUUCAGCCAGGGAGUGCGUCGCUCAGUGGGAGGUCUAGCUACCAUCCUGGGCCCCUUGUGGGCUGGUGGCCUCACCGAGAACCUGUACAUUAUGAUGGGGGUGAUGAUGGCGCUGCUGGCUCUGCUUACGACGAUGCUGGCUGUCUCAUACGACCGGCUGGUUGCACCCGCUCCAGAGGAGCCAGUGGAUGACGUGGACAACUGUGCCUAAUACAGCAGAUGGUCGAAGCAAUACAAAUGGAUAUGGAAGUAGAAGAUUCCCCGUCCUGCGCCUCCACAGUUUCACUUUCUGCACUGGAACCAGCAUGCAGGGUGAUAACACACACUCCACACAGCAACAGCACACACCUCAGCGCCUCAUGAGGGCUGACUUAAGACUUGGACUUGUGAGCUUUGUGUGCAGAGGCUGAUCAAACACUCUGAUCUGGUGUAUUAUGUACAUUUCCCAUGGAAAUAUGAAAUCCUGCCGACGCCGCGUACGCAAGCUUUGGAUGAAAAUCGUUUCCAUCCUUUUGUGUUCUGCAGUGUUCUUCGUACCAAGUACACCUGGUGCAUCACACAUCCUGCUAUUGAUGAACGUGCCGAAUGGUUGUGGAUUUCUUCUGACCUAUGUCCUUCAGCUGUAGGAGAAUAAAUGAACUGUUCAGCCGUGAUACUUGAUACCCCAUCUUCUGGAAAAACAGGCAUUCAAAGUAUUUAUCAGCUGACUGAAGAGAACGGUGUGGAUGAAAUUACCAUUUAUUAUGUGUAAGGAGUCUGUUGGCAGGUAGAAAAGCAGGCUUUUUUGUCAUCCAAAGUAAAAUACUUCAAGUUUAGACCAAGAUUUUACUUUGCAGAUGUGUCAGAAGGAAUUCAACCUUGACAAAAUCUAAUUUAUUUACUCACAUUCAUUCCAUCUACGUCGGAUAUAAUGAAGAACACAGUGAAAUAUGUUUUUAAAAAAUCUGUAUGUUUUAUUUUCCAUGCAAGUUGUAUUUAUUAAUUUAACUGUUGAAUUGUGUGCUUUGUUAAUUCAUCUUUUCAUAGUGGCCAUUAAAACAAUGUGUUGGGUCACUGUUUAAAAGAACUACUAACACUAACACAUCAGAAUUGAAUUAAUGUGGGUUGUAAGUGUUGCUCAUCCCAUGGUGAUAAACAUGCUGUUUCAAAGACAUUUGAAACCUCACAGUAAUAAAAUUCUCAGGGAAACACUAAAUACAAUGGAUAUCUGUCAAACUCUUAUUGAAGGUGGUUAUUAAAAUCAAAUGAAUCUUCGAGGCAUAAAGGCUGGUGAAGGAUAAAAUAAGUGUUCCUGCUUUAAGAAAGUACAUAUUUCGAAUUGUUUGAUGCUGCUGUAGUACAUAUUGUGAACACUAGUGGGCGCUCCUAGACUUCCUAUCGAGGUAUAUCCCCGUCGCUACUUCUGAGCCUAAAGCUUGUAGUGUGAUCUCAGCCGCUCAGAUAGUUCCACAAGGUCAAGUUGCACAAAUCUACACACUAAAAAAACCAGCUUUGCUGGGAACUUUGUUGUACAAAAAUGUUCUUAUAGUUGUUUUAGGUUGCAGAUAAAAAACACAAACAUUGAACAAACAUUUUUUAUUCCAAAGGCUUUACAAUAUGUUUUGUACCUCUUGCUAAUUUGUUCAGGUUUUAUUAUUCACAAACACCAAAACUACGUUAUGAACUAUGACACUAUUUAUUUCUAAUUUAUUAUAAAUGUAUUUAUUAGAUCAUCUGUGGGCUCCUAACAUGUACAUUAACUGUUUUUGUAUUCCUUGUCUCUAUACACAGAAAAGAUAAACUUCCACCAUACUU